UUGUAAUAUUUGGCAAUCAAAAUUUUAAUUUAUAUUGACAGUUUUUUGACAUUAAAAUUAACUUUUAAAACCUUCCAAACACAAAAAAGAAAAACAUAAACGAAAAUCUAUAUACAUAUUUUCAAUUUUACAUACACGUAUACAUACAUACAUAUAAACAACAGGAAAAUAAAGAAUACUAAAAAAAAAAAAAUACCAAAACAUUGACUAUCCUUUUUUAUCACGUAUACAUACAUCAUGUACAAUUCUGCUGUAACAGAAUCUUUCAUAUUAUACAAAAAUAGUGUUAUAAAAUGAAAUGUUAAAGAAUAACGCAGAAACACCAACCAACAGUAAAAAAAAAUUUGUAUAAAGAAAUUAAAAUAAACUUUUAUCAUAAAAUAAUAAUAACAAUAAUAAAAAAAAUAAAAAGCAUUUAAAUUAUAUACUUAUAUACGUGUAUAACAAUUAUAUACAAUACAUUAUAAGUAAUAAUAUAGUAUUUGUAUAAAAGUAUUUUAAAGUAAAUGAGAAUGUCAGAAAGAAGAAAGCUUUCAAAGUUCAUCUUAAAUUAUGGUUGUUUUUAUUCAUAUAUAUUAUUUAUAUUUUAUAUUAUAUUUAUUAAAAUACAAUGUGCUAAUGGUAAUCCGGAUGCAAAACGAUUAUAUGAUGACUUAUUAAGUAAUUAUAAUCGUUUAAUACGACCCGUUAGUAAUAAUACUGAUACUGUUUUAGUUAAAUUAGGUUUACGUUUAUCACAAUUAAUUGAUUUGAAUUUAAAAGAUCAAAUUUUGACUACUAACGUUUGGUUAGAACAUGAAUGGCAAGAUCACAAAUUUAAAUGGGAUCCAUCGGAAUAUGGUGGUGUUACAGAAUUAUAUGUACCGUCUGAACAUAUUUGGUUACCAGACAUUGUAUUAUAUAACAAUGCUGAUGGCGAAUAUGUUGUUACCACAUUAACCAAAGCAAUUUUACAUUAUACGGGUAAAGUUGUAUGGACACCACCUGCAAUUUUCAAAUCAUCAUGUGAAAUUGAUGUACGAUAUUUUCCAUUUGAUCAACAAACAUGUUUUAUGAAAUUUGGCUCUUGGACAUAUGAUGGAGAUCAGAUCGAUUUAAAGCACAUCAAUCAAAAGAAUGAUAAAGAUAAUAAAGUUGAAAUUGGUAUUGACUUACGUGAAUAUUAUCCUAGUGUUGAAUGGGAUAUAUUAGGUGUUCCAGCUGAAAGACAUGAAAAAUAUUAUCCAUGUUGUGCAGAACCAUAUCCAGAUAUAUUUUUCAACAUCACAUUACGUCGUAAAACACUUUUUUAUACCGUUAAUUUAAUUAUACCAUGUGUUGGUAUAUCAUAUCUAUCAGUUUUAGUAUUUUAUUUACCAGCUGAUUCCGGUGAAAAAAUUGCUUUAUGUAUUAGUAUCCUGUUGUCACAGACAAUGUUCUUUUUAUUGAUAUCGGAAAUUAUACCAUCUACGUCAUUAGCAUUACCUUUAUUAGGUAAAUACCUUUUAUUUACAAUGUUACUGGUUGGUUUAAGUGUUCUAAUAACAAUUAUAAUAUUAAAUAUACAUUAUCGUAAACCGAGUACCCAUAAAAUGGCACCAUGGGUAAGAAAAUUUUUCAUAAAACGUUUACCAAAAUUAUUAUUGAUGCGUGUACCAAAAGAUUUAUUAAGAGAUUUAGCAGCAAGUAAAAUAAAUUAUGGUAAAAAAAUUAAUAGUUCAAAAUUUGGUCAAGCAUUAGUUGCUGAAAUGCAAUUAAAUAGUGGUGCAUCAAGUCCAGAUUCAAUACGUAGAAUGCAAGGACGUGGUGGCUGUAAUGGUAUGCAUUCAACAACUGCAACAAAUAGAUUUAGUGGACUGGUUGGUGCAUUAGGUAGCGGAUUAGGUGCAAUGAGUGGUUAUAAUGGACUACCAUCUGUUUUAUCUGGAUUAGAUGAAUCCUUGAGUGAUGUUGGACGUAAAAAAUAUCCUUUUGAAUUGGAAAAAGCAAUACAUAAUGUUAUGUUCAUACAACAUCAUAUGCAACGUCAGGAUGAAUUUAAUGCGGAAGAUCAAGAUUGGGGUUUUGUUGCCAUGGUAUUGGAUCGUUUAUUUUUAUGGUUAUUUACAAUUGCUUCAAUAGUUGGUACAUUUGCAAUAUUAUGUGAAGCACCAUCAUUAUAUGAUGAUACAAAACCAAUCGAUGUAGAAUUAUCAGUUAUCGCACAACAAAUUUAUAAUUUAACACUUAAUAAAAAAUAUUAAUACAAAGAAAAAACACACCCACACACGUACAUAAUAUUAUAUUUAUAAUUAAGUGCAAAAUAUUAAAAUAAAACACAUACAUAUAAGUAAUAAUUAAUUAAUAAAUCAAUUGCUCGUUAACAAUUAAUUAAAAUUAUUAAAAAUUAAAUAAAAUAAAAUGGAAAUUUCGAAUGAAAAACAAAUUUAAAAUAAAAAAUAAGUCAUUUUUGUGUUCUAAAACUAAAAAAUUAAAAAUCUUAAUUCAAGUAUAUCUGUACCGCAUUUUGUAACACCGACACGAACCACACAAUUGCAAAAUUUAGUCAAUAAGGAUUUCAAUUAAAUCGAUUACUAUAAUCGUAACUUUAUUCCUGUGUUCAACACUAUGAAUUGAAAAACAAAUAAAAAUGUUAUAAAUAUAAAAUUUUUGUACUCUCACAAUAAAAUACGUUCUAGUUUUAAUUCAUUUUUUAUAUUUUCCAUUUUUUUUUUUUAAAUUUAAUGUUUGUUUAAUCUGUAUAGCUAAUUAAGAAAUAAAAUAUUUAUAAAAAAUAGUUGGAAAUUUCAAAAAUUAAUGGAAAUUCUUUGAACUUUUCAACAAAACCUUAUAUUUUUAAAAAAACUUUGUCAAAAUUCACUAUAAUACAGUUGAACCUGAAUAAGGGGAAGAGACAAGGAACUGAACAUUUCGUUGUACUAAUAGAGAUUUCUAACGUUAUCCAGCUUUUCACAUUCCAAACCUCUUCAAAACCUCUUGAGCUCUAAAAAUUUUUUUAAAAAAAUCCAAUAGAAUUUCAGAAAAACCCGGUUGACUCAAAUCGAUUAUUUUUCAGCAUCGCAUGUAACCCUGAUCUUAUUUCUUCUGUCAAUAUUUCUCGAUCUUCUUUUUCUUUACUAAAUAAAAAAAAAAUUACAAGAAUAAUCACCAACAUUUUUCGAGAGCAAUUUUCAAUCAAAUAAAAAUAAACCAAAAUAAGACAAAAAUUGCACUUAUUCAAUUCAGAAACAUUCAUAAAAAUAUUCUUAUUAUGGAGGCAAAAUUGUACUAAAAUUGUGUGCAAAAUUCACAAAUUUUAUUGCACUCAUAGAGUAUACCGAAAUUCCUCAUAAAGAGGGAGAUUUUGUAAGAAAAUUAAAGGGAUCGGAAAAAUAAUAUAAUUUAAAGAAGUUUUUUUUUUAUCUAGGUACCUCAUAUCCUAGUUGUAUCCAUGUUGUUACUGUAAUGUAUAAAUCGCCCAAAUGCUUACUACGUCAAUUUUGAACAAAUGUACUAUUUGAUUUUUACAACCAUUUUCCAAUAUAAGAUUAUUCAUUUUUCC